UCUAAUCGAUUAUUGUGAUAUAUAAAGAGGAAUUCGUUCAAAAUCAUUGAACGUAGUAAGCUGUAAAGCUCAACGUUUACCGGAAGUUUAGAAAUGUCGGAAGUAACCAUCGAACCACUCAUUGGACCAUAUGGUCUCGGUGAAGGGCCUCAUUGGGACUGUACUUCUCAAAAAUUAUACUUCGUCGAUAUAUUUGCCCAGAAAAUAUUCAAAUUUGAUCCUGCAACAGGUGGUCUUACUUUCACUUUUAUAGAAAAUGGACCAGUUGGAUUUGUUAUUCCUGUAGAAGGCAGCACUAACAAAUUUGUUGCUGGAUGUGGUAUAGAUUUAGUGGUUCUUUCUUGGGACAGUGAAAAAACUCUUGCAAACUGUACAGCUCAAAUAUUGGCUUCUGCAGACUGUAAUAGAACAGAGAUUAGAUUUAAUGAUGGGAAAGCAGAUUCUUCUGGAAGAUUAUGGGCUGGAACAAUGGGUUUUGAGAAGAAUGGAGUUUUCCCACCUAAUCUGGGAUCCCUUUAUUCUAUGAGUAAUGAUCAUGUAUUGAAUAAACAAGUAUCUCCUGUAUCCAUAAGUAAUGGAUUAGCCUGGAAUCCUGAUAAUAAUACACUUUAUUAUAUUGAUUCACUCACCUAUCAAGUUUGGGCAUAUAAUUACAAUUCUGAGACAGGAACCAUAUCAAAUAAGAAGAUUGUGUUUGAUCUUCAAAAAAAUGAUAUUUCUGGAAUACCAGAUGGCAUGACAAUAGAUACAAAUGGAAAUCUUUGGGUUGCAGUGUAUAGUGGAGGCAGUGUUCUCAACAUAAAUCCGAAAACGGGAGAAUUGUUGCGCUCAAUUAAAUUUAAUGAUGCCAAGAACAUAACUAGUGUUGCCUUUGGUGGUCCUAAUUUGGAUAUUUUAUAUGUAACAUCAGCAAGCAUGGGAUUGGAUGAAAAUCAGUUGAAGAAGCAACCACAUGCUGGUUACUUAUUUGCCGUCAAAGGUUUAGGUGUCCGUGGUUUUCCUUCAAAUAAUGUUAAACUAUCAAAAUAUUAAACUAUUACAUAAAUUAACAUAGAUAUACAUAAGAUAUAAAUAUUUAAAGUAUUGUACAAAUAUAUAAAACAUGUUUUUAAUAUUAAAUUACUAGCAUGAUAAAUGGCAAAAUUUGUAAAUUAUAUAUAUAAAAGUUGCAAAAAGUUGCAAGAAAAAAAUAGUUUGAAUUUUUUAUUUUGUAGAAAUAAUCAAUACCAUAUGUAUGUAUAUGUACAUGCAGAGUGUAUUUCUCAAAGAAGUUUGAGAAAAACUUCAGAAACAUAUAGUCAUAUACUCAUCAAAAUAAGAUCUCUUUUAAAAAGAUCUCAAUAAAUAUGAAUUCGAAAA